CGCACGUCAGCGUCAACGCCAGCGCCUGCGCACUGAGGGCGGCCUGGUCCUCGUCUGCGGUGGCGGCGGCUGAGGAACCCGGCUGAGGCGCCGGUACCCGGCCCGUUGCGCAUUUCGCCUUCUGGCUUCGGUUUCCCUCGGCCCGGCACGCCCCGGCCACGCCCAGGCCCCACCCUAGCCCUCCGGAUCCCUCGCAGACCGGCUCCGGCCGCCCGUCUCUGCCGCCGCAAUGAUGAUGAUGGCGCUGAGCAAGACCUUCGGGCAGAAGCCCGUGAAGUUCCAGCUGGAGGAUGACGGCGAGUUCUACAUGAUCGGCUCCGAGGUAGUGGGAAACUACCUCCGUAUGUUCCGAGGUUCUCUGUACAAGAGAUACCCCUCACUCUGGAGGCGACUAGCCACUGUGGAAGAGAGGAAGAAAAUAGUUGCAUCGUCACAUGGUAAAAAAACAAAACCUAACACUAAGGAUCAUGGAUACACGACUCUAGCCACCAGUGUGACCCUGUUAAAAGCCUCGGAAGUGGAAGAGAUUCUGGACGGCAAUGAUGAGAAGUACAAGGCUGUGUCUAUCAGCACGGAGCCCCCCACCUACCUCAGGGAACAGAAGGCAAAGAGGAAUAGCCAGUGGGUGCCCACCCUGCCCAACAGCUCCCACCACCUGGACGCCGUGCCAUGCUCCACGACCAUCAACAGGAACCGCAUGGGCCGGGACAAGAAGAGAACCUUCCCCCUUUGCUUUGACGACCAUGACCCUGCUGUGAUCCACGAGAACGCAUCUCAGCCUGAGGUGCUGGUCCCCAUCCGGCUGGACAUGGAGAUCGACGGGCAGAAGCUGCGAGACGCCUUCACCUGGAACAUGAAUGAGAAGUUGAUGACGCCUGAGAUGUUUUCAGAAAUCCUCUGUGACGAUCUGGAUUUGAACCCGCUGACGUUUGUGCCAGCCAUCGCCUCUGCCAUCAGACAGCAGAUCGAGUCCUACCCCACGGACAGCAUCCUGGAGGACCAGUCAGACCAGCGCGUGAUCAUCAAGCUGAACAUCCACGUGGGAAACAUUUCCCUGGUGGACCAGUUUGAGUGGGACAUGUCAGAGAAGGAGAACUCACCGGAGAAGUUUGCCCUGAAGCUCUGCUCAGAGCUGGGGUUGGGCGGGGAGUUUGUCACCACCAUCGCAUACAGCAUCCGGGGACAGCUGAGCUGGCAUCAGAAGACCUACGCCUUCAGUGAGAACCCUCUGCCCACGGUGGAGAUUGCCAUCCGGAACACGGGCGAUGCAGACCAGUGGUGCCCGCUGCUGGAGACUCUGACAGAUGCUGAGAUGGAGAAGAAGAUCCGCGACCAGGACAGGAACACGAGGCGGAUGAGGCGUCUCGCCAACACGGCCCCGGCCUGGUAACCAGCCCGUCAGCACGUGGCUCCCACCGAGCAUCUCAGAAGACCGGGCCACCUCUCCUCCAUCUUCUGGCAAGGACAGAGGCGAGGGGACAGCCCAGCACCAUCCUGAGGAUUGGGGCGGGGGUGGAGUGGGGGCUUCCAGGUGGCCUUCUCCGGCACACAUUCCAUUUGCUGAGCCCCAGUCCUGUCCCCCAACCCGUCCCCAGUCUCUGGGGUCAGGAAGAAACGUGAUUUUGGGUUGUGUUUUGUUUUUGUAUAGGAGCCCCAGGCAGGGCUAGUUACAGUUUUUAAAUAAAAGUCAACAGGUCAUGUUCAAUUUCUUCAAA